CAUACAUAAAUUAAGAAGAAAGGAAAGAGAAAAAAUGGAGCAUUAUUUUCUUUGCGUUGUAGCUUUUGGAGUGCUAAUCUCUGCUGGCUUCCUUGUUCCUCCAGAAACUGAAGCAAUUGGCAUCAACUACGGCUUACUGGGCAACAACCUCCCACCACCAGACAAAGUAAUAUCCCUCUACAAAUCAAGAAACAUCACCAGCCUCCGCCUGUUCAACCCAAACUCCACGAUCAUCACUUCCCUCCAAAACUCGAACAUGGAUGUAAUCCUCGGUACUUACAACCAGGAUCUCCAAAAUCUUGCAAAAAACCCCUCGUUCGCAUCUCAAUGGGUCAAUACCAAUAUACUCCCAUACACAAAGUCUGUCAACUUUAAGUACGUUUCUGCUGGCAAUGAGGUGAUACCUGGAGAUUUGGAAGAUUUCGUGCUUCCGGCGAUGAAGAAUCUUGAUGCUGCACUACAAAAUGCGGGAUUGGAGAUUCCGGUGACCACUGCAGUGUCGACUCAGGUGCUUAAUGUUUCUUACCCCCCGUCUAAAGGGGAGUUUAGGGAUAUUAUGACGCCUCUGGUUGCGUUUCUGGAAGCUAAAAAGAGUCCAUUGCUCGUCAAUGUUUAUCCUUAUUUCGCAUAUUCAGGCGACCCACAAAAUGUGCAACUCGACUAUGCGCUCUUCACAGCAAACACUACCGUAGUGCAUGAUGGUCCACUUGGGUACUCAAACCUAUUCGAUGCAAUCCUAGAUGCGACAUAUACAGCAUUAGAGAAGGUCGGAGGAUCAAAUGUAGACAUCGUCGUGUCAGAGACUGGAUGGCCAUCAGGAGGCAACGGGCUAGGAGCCACAAUAGAGAAUGCAAAGAUCUAUAACAACAAUGUUGUGGCUCAUAUUGAGAAGAAUGCCGGAACUCCUAAGAAACCUGGAAAGAAAAUCGAGACGUAUUUGUUUGCUAUGUUCAAUGAGAACGAGAAGCCAGCGGGGACUGAGCAGAACUUUGGAUUGUAUCAUCCUGAUAUGACUGAAGUGUAUCAUGUUGAUUUUAGUUCUUAGGGACAUAUGUGUGUAUUGCUUGUUGAUAUUCUUUAUUAGAGACUGUUAUUUCA